AUGUCGUUCGGUUGUUCUGUCAGUGACAUCGCGUUACUUGUCCAGCUCGUAGGGAAGACUGUUAGCAAUACUCGGAAAGCAUGCGGAGAACAUGCAGAACUCACGCGAGAGGUCAAAGCGCUCAAUGUGGUCUUGCAGCGACUACAGCACGCGACCAUGGGCCCACACAAGAUUCUUGAUCAUCGGAGGGGGAGCUACGAGGCAGAAUUGACGUCCAUUGCCUGUGGCUGUCGAAGUAAUCUUGAAUAUUUGAAUAAGGUCCUCCAGCAGUACAAUGCGUUGAGCACAGACCAAAAAAGCGCUUCCAAUUUGUGGAAAAGGGUGAAAUUCGGCAAUGGAGAGCUGGUCAACAUCGCUGAGGUGCGGGGCAAGCUCAUCUACUACACCUCUGCGCUGGGGCUUUACAUCAACAUGGUGAAUAUGGACUCUAUCGGAAGAGUAGAGCAGCAGAUGGACGAGGCAGGAGGAGACUUGAAGGAUAUCAAAAGAGCGGUCAAUGAGAUCACGGCCUACCUUAUGGCGGAUCCCAGUGGCGAAGGCUCUAGCCUGACGUCGUAUGCAGGUGACGAAAGGGCUGUCUGGAAAGAGUUUCGUAGAGAGCUGAUCAGAGAUGGGUUUCCGAGUGCAGUAAUAAGAGACCAUAAAGUUUUGAUUCAGGCAUAUAUCAAAGAGUUGGGCACUAGAGGGAUACUGGACGAUCUCGAAAGGGACAUCAAACCCGCCAGUAUACUGUCCUCGGAUUAUGCAGAAGCUGCAACAAGGGAUAACCCUCUUCUUCAAAAGUUCUUGGACUACACAAGCGGACAGUUGAAAGCUACCAAGGUUCAUGAUGAGGAGGACGCUGCAGACCUUCGCGAAGACGAUGGCUCAUUCAAUGUUCGGACUCCACCUGCGAUCCGCAACGUAGAGUCCGUCUCAGAAGGCGAGAUUAAGAACGUCAAGCUCCUCAGACAGUACAUUGGGCCGGUCGUAACGCUGGAAGAAGAUAUGACCGCACCCAUUCAUGGUGAAGUAACAACGACACCCAUACCCCAAUCAAAAAAAAUGGCUUUUAUUGACGGGAACAAAAUCUUUCAAUCCGAGAUCGUUCUUGACGGGAACGCGCUUGACGAAGAUCGUAACGAAGGACGGUCGAUCGUUUCUGAAGGGAGAAAUGCACAGCCUUCACUGUCAUCCGCGCUUUCAUCAGGGCUCGUGAACGAUGAUGUAGAUGGUACUAAAGGUCUCCUCCCUGAAAUCGACCAAAGGGAAACCUCUGCAGAACAGCUUUCGAGUCUCGAAAAGCAUCCUAGUGAUAUAGUGCUAGCAGAUCAAUCCUCUGAUGGUUUUGAAAAGGAGGCAGAGGUGCACGAAGGAGUGAGGUCAAUAUCACGAUCUACAGCGUCCGAGCCUGACAGGGAGAGUCAUAUGAGAUGGCGCAAGGAAAUAACAGCGCGCAAGCGCAAGCGGGAACAGAAAAAGCAUAGACCAUCUCCACUAACAAAUGGGCCUGACAGGAAGUCUAGAGGUGACUUAGACAUGUUUCGAUCACAUAGAAAGAAGAUCCCGGCUUCAGAAUGGGAGUCUAACAAGGAACCGAAAGAUCAGUCUGCUGAAUACCGAUCACACAGACAAGAGAAUUCACGCUUGAAACGCGGCGUGAUCCCCUUUCUUUUUCUCUCAGUGGGACUUCUAGGCCUCAUUCAGAAUACAUGA